CACACAAAACACGAAAGAAACGAACGAGCUAAACGCACAAGAUAAGUUACGCGUUCUGCAAUGGCGAUCACACGCACCUCCUUUUCAAUUUGCCUUCUCCUCUCUUUGGUGACCAUUGCCACUGCUAAUUACUAUGUUCCUUCAUCUCCACCGGUUCAUAAACCCACCCUCUCUCCUCCGGUUUAUACUCCAGCCGACAAGCCAACUCUCCCACCUCCGGUUUACGCUCAUCCAAUCCACAAGCCUACUCUCCCACCUCCGGUUUACACUCCACCGGUUCACAAAUCUACUCUCCCACCUCCGGUUUACACUCCACCGGUUCACAAACCUACUCUCCCACCUCCAGUUUACACUCCUCCAAUCCAUAAGCCAACUCUCCCACCUCCAGUUUACACUCAUCCAAUGGACAAACCCACCCUUCCACCUCCGGUUUACACACCACCUGCACACAAGCCAACACUUCCACCUCCGGUUUACACUCCACCGGUUCACAAGCCCACACUUUCACCUCCGAUUUACACACCACCUGCCCACAAGCCAACUCUCCCACCUCCGGUCUACACACUACCUGCACACAAGCCAACCCUUCCACCUCCGGUUCACACUCCACCGGUUCACAAGCCCACACUUUCACCUCCGGUUUACACACCACCCGCCUAUAAGCCCACUCUCUCACCUCCACUUUACACUCCACCGGUAUACAAGCCUACACUCUCACCUCUGGGUUACACUAAGCCAACUCUUCGACCUCCAGUUUACAAACCCACCCUCUCUCCUCCGGUCUACAAAAAGUCUCCAAGCUAUUCUCCUCUAACCCCAUACGUACCAAAACCAACCUACACUCCACCCACUAACCCAUACGUCCCAGAGAUUGUUAAAGCCGUUGAUGGCAUCAUUUUAUGCAAAAACGGCUACGAAACGUACCCAAUUCAAGAGGUAAAGAUUGUGUGCUCCGGGCUAGGAUCAUACGGGAAGAGCAAGAACGAGGUUGUAAUUUACAGCGAUCCAACAGACUUUAAGGGAUACUUCCACGUGGCUCGAUUCUUUCUAUCAACAACUUCUUCU